AUGAUCGCUAGCUUUGGUGAAAAGAAAUGGGUCAAUAUAUUUCUUACCUACUUGAAGUGUCCUGUCGCCACUUUCGAAUUCUCUGCCAUUGAACCGUUGGUCACUUCCAUUUCCAUCUCGCUCGUUCCGUUUUUGGAUACGCUAUGUCCUCUUUUAUCACGCCACUCUCCAAACUGGAAUGAUUCAACGUUGUAUUUCAACGGUAUUCGUCCCAAAACAUUCCUUCUUCAUCUUUUUCUUCUUGCAUCGGGUGUCGGCAGUCAGCAUACCGAACUUUACCUGUCAUACUCUUCCUACUUUCUUACGCCAAGCUCUUAA